AUGGCCUCUAUCGGGGACUUCGACCCGCUCCAUUCUACAGUGCCGGCAACUAAGAUUGAAGUUACUGUCUCAUGCAGGAAUUUAUUGGACAUGGACACUUUUUCUAAAUCGGAUCCAGUUGUCGUGUUGUACACACAAGGCAUAGGUACAAAAGAAUGGAGAGAGUUUGGCAGAACAGAGGUGAUUGAAAACACGCUGAAUCCAGACUUUGUGCGGAAGUUCGUUCUGGAUUUCUUCUUUGAGGAGAAGCAGAAUCUUCGGUUUGAUGUGUACAAUGUGGACACAAGAAGUUCAAACAUCUCCAAACAUAAAGAUUUCCUGGGCCAGACGUUUUGCACACUUGGGGAAAUCAUUGGCUCCACAGGCAGUCGCAUGGAGAGAACAUUAUCUGGGAUUCCAGGAAAGAAAUGUGGAGCCAUCAUCUUCACUGCUGAGGAACUCAGCAACUGCAGGGAUAUUGCUACUAUGCAGCUGUGUGCCAAUAAACUGGACAAGAAGGACUUCUUCGGCAAAUCUGAUCCUUUCCUGGUGUUCUACCGCAGCAACGAGGAUGGAACGUUCACUAUCUGCCAUAAGACAGAGGUGAUCAAGAACACACUGAAUCCAGUAUGGCAGCCCUUCACUAUCCCUGUGCGUGCGCUCUGUAAUGGCGACUAUGACAGGACCGUUAAGAUAGAUGUUUAUGACUGGGAUCGGGAUGGAAGUCAUGACUUUAUUGGAGAGUUCACCACCAGUUACAGAGAGUUGUCCCGGGGUCAGAGCCAGUUUAAUGUGUAUGAGGUUUUGAAUCCGAAAAAGAAAGGAAAGAAGAAGAAAUAUGUGAACUCUGGCACAGUGACACUGCUGUCGUUUAAAGUUGAAUCAGAAUACACGUUCGUAGACUUCAUCAGAGGAGGGACACAACUCAACUUCACUGUGGCCAUAGACUUUACUGCAUCAAAUGGGAACCCAGCCCAGCCAACCUCGCUGCACUACAUGAGCCCAUAUCAGAUGAACACCUACGCCAUGGCACUGAAGGCGGUGGGGGAGAUCAUCCAGGACUACGACAGUGACAAGCUCUUCCCCGCAUAUGGCUUUGGAGCCAAACUGCCACCGGAUGGCAAAAUCUCUCAUGCGUUUCCUCUGAAUGGUAAUAGUGAGGAUCCAAACUGUGUGGGUAUAGAGGGGGUGCUGGAGGCUUACUUCCAGAGCCUCAGAACAGUCCAGCUGUACGGGCCAACCAACUUCGCCCCGGUCAUUAACCAGGUAGCACGGUCAGCGCAGGAUAUCACUGAUGGCUCACAGUAUUUCGUGCUGCUGAUGAUCACAGACGGCGUCAUCUCAGACAUGGUGCAGACCAAAGAGGCCGUUGUCAAUGCCUCUGCUUUACCCAUGUCCAUCAUCAUUGUGGGUGUGGGCCCUGCUGAAUUUGAUGCUAUGGAGGAGUUAGAUGGUGAUGAUGUCAGAGUGUCCUCUAGGGGGCGCUUUGCCGAGAGAGACAUUGUGCAGUUUGUUCCGUUCCGGGACUACAUUGACCGCUCUGGUAACCAGGUCCUGAGCAUGGCUCGACUAGCUAAAGACGUUCUGGCAGAGAUCCCUGACCAACUACUGUCCUUCAUGAAGAGCAAAGGAAUUGACCCUCGCCCCGCGCCCCCUGCCUCAGGGACACCCAGCAAGCCCCCUCUUAACACACGCAUCUGAAAGGAAGGAGACAGAAAGGAGGAGAAGGAAGGACUGGAGUUCUAGGGAAUUUUAAUAGGGCAUGUAAAUAAACUGGUGAUUGGCCCCCUUCUGUCAAUGUAAUACUGUAUAUACUGGUGAUUGGCCACCUGACUGCUGACAGCACACAGAAUUUCAGUCAGAAGAACUACAUCUCCUUACCAACAUCUGUUCUCAGUAUCCUCCAUUCUAAAAAGAGAGAACAUAAAAGGAAGCAGAUGCUCUGCCCACAUGUUAGCACUGCUAAAUGCCUUGGAACAUCACAAACAAGACAAUUUCAUGUCAAAAAAAAAAAAAAACAACAAACUUUUCAUCAUCUGGCAGAGAUAAGAACCCAUUAAAAGUAAAAGGGAACACCUGGUCUGAUUCUAACAGAUUCUGCAGACAUAUAUAUAUAUAUAUAGAGAGAGAGAGAGAGAGAGAGAGAGAGAGAGAGAGAGAGAGAGAGAGAGAGAGAGAAUGGCAGAGAGAGAAAGAACAAGAAUGAGUGCCUGUGGCUAGGGUGAAAGGGCAUAUGAGCUCAUCUACUCUCCCACACAUCGACGACCCGAGCAUGCAAGGGUCUCUGCCGCAGUCUGCAAGACUGGAGCAGAAAUAAACUAUAAACCGUUUUUAUGAACCCAAAGUGAGACAAUGACCAAGAGAACUGCAUGAGCACCUGCUGCACCAUAUCUGCCACCAAAGAACUCUCUGAAGACCUGCUGCCUCUGUGACUUGCAUGAACAACUCUGAAGGUGUCUGACUGAGGACGUCCUAAAUCCAUGGCAGGUUUGCAGCCAGCACACGACAGAACUAUUCAAACCAUCUGGCAGAAUGGUGAAACCUAACUUUGAGAAACACUGCCUCAUUGUUCAGGAGGUGUCUGCAAACAUGACAACCAGUGUCAUGUGUAAUAUGUUCUGAAAAGUUUGAAUGUAUUUGUUAAUUUUUCAUUGGCUGUCUGUGGCAGUGUUGAAUAACAGAUUUUUAAUAGGAGAGAGAGACAGUGGGGGUGGUAAAUCCUAUAGCAAUCCAGCACCCCAGUCCCCAAACAAUCCACCACAUCCAUAAACUGCAUUGUUCUUCACUUUAUCAAUCCAGUUUUUCCUUCUUUGUAUGAUUAGAGCCACAAAACUCUACACCAGACGUCCCGUUUAAAUUUUUUUUUAUCCAGUAUCUGAUCCUGGAUUUUGUAAUCCCUGGUAGGUAUGACACUAACGCCCAAUCUCAUUCACCCCUCACCCCUACCACUUAGCCUUUGUUUUGCAUGUUCAUGAAGUAAGAUGGCUGGGCAAGUAACCAAAGAAACCCACAAAAGUGAAUAUUUUCUCCGUUACAAAUUAUGAUAACCAUUGUUAUGUUAACAUCAAUAACAGUAUGCUAAUAUCUCAGCAGCUAGCUAACUAAAUUUCCCAUCCCACCUUAAAUAGUCCAAAAGUUCUGAUGCCUGAAGCGCCAGAAUGAACUGCUGCAUCAUUUAAUGUAGAAUGGAAACGUUUAACAAGAAGCUGACUUCAGUUUCAUAUUACUGAAGAAUUAGGGGUGGGUGAUAAUAAAUAAUUAUGACAUCCCCCUCUUUGAAAGAAAAUAAUGCUCUAAAUUAACUAAAAACAGCAGUGAGGUUGAUGAACUUCACCCUCCUCUUCUAUCACUGCAGACUGGCAGGGUAGUUCCACUAGUACCUAUUAAUGAAGUAAUGUUCUCCUUUAUUUGAGGGUCCCAUUUUGUAUGGUAAGAUUUCAUCCACUACCUCUUGUAAAUCAGUUCCAAGGGCAAAGUGACACUUGAAAUCAAGGGGUAGGGCUCAAAGAAAGAAAUGGGAUUGGGCCUAAAUGUCCAGUGACAGUGUGCACUUGAGCUGGCAUGAAAAAGUUUGUGCAAAGAUUUUGUGCACCUCUGAUGAGUAGAUGAAAAACACCUGAGACACCUAGUACAUUGUUUUCCAUCUUCCCUUAGCUUCAACCCUAAUCAACCCCACCUGAACCAUCCAAUUAGUGCCUAUAGAAGUACAUGAUUACCUGAAGGAGAUGUUGUUGGGUUGUGUUGGAAGUAAAACGUGCAGGAAGGCUGUUCUCUAGGAGGAGGGUUGGUGAAUUGGAAGGAUUUGAUAUAACAGUGACGAUACACCAUACCCAAACCUUUGCACUUCUUCAGACAACCUGUAACUGCAUUUUUACUCUUCCUUGCUGUUUGCCCUUUCUGUCUGGUGUUGUUAUGUUUCUUCAUCAUCCUUUUCAUCUUCAGCUCCUUGCUUGCUCUGAUGCUGUCUGAUACUGGUACCCUCCAGUUUUGGAAUAUCUGAAUGAAUUCCUGGCUACUUUCUUCCUUUCAAGCAUAACCUUUGAGGCUUUAAUAGGCUUUACUGGUUGAAUAAUGCAUCCUUGCGCUGGCCCUGGAGGAUCCCAUCUGUUUUCAGAGCCUGCAGUGCUGCCUGUUUAGAGUCAGGAGUGACCACUGUAACGUGUAUCACAAAAGAACACAAUAGUUCCAAAAAUGCAACAUGCCAAGUCUCGACUGCAAGGGCACCUUCAGACUUUGUUUCUUUUUGUAGAGAAAGAAGCCAGAGAGAGUGGGGAGGGAGGGGAAGGGAAAGAGUGCACCCACUUCAUCACAAUUGGCACUUCAAAAUGUAGCACAGGGCCAUUAUGGUCAUUUGGAGGGAGACGGAAUGCGCCUGUUUUCCUUUGCAAAUGAAUGCAAAGUUAUUCUGCGCCUUCUUCACGCUGAUAUCACACUGACUCCUGUUCUAGUUGCGGCUGACGCUUUCAAGCCCUAAAUCUGUUGGAUGCUCCGUCUUUGGCAGCCAGUGGUGUUUUGUCAAGGCUGAAUGCAGGGUGAUGGUAUUUUCUAUUGAGGUUUUCUAUUGACUCUCUAGAGUGUUUGCUGUGUUUCCGUGCCAUUUGCAUGAACGUUAAUGAAAUGGUAAUGGAUGUUAUUCUUCAUUAGCACCUCCUCCCAUUUUAGAGAAUGUUAUGAGUCCCUCUCUGUGUACCACUCCCCUCUUCUUUUUUCUCCUGCUCUCUCUAACUCUCUCUGAAUUCACUUUUAAUUAAAUGUGAGUAAAUUGGGAGAACUUCAGCUGUGCUAUGGGUUAAGGUUCAUUAACUGCAUUUAUUUGAGGACCUCUAUUAACACCGAACUUGACUUGCUAAUUCCUCUGUGAUACAAAACCUCUGUUUAUUUGCAUUUGUAAACAAAGGAAGUAUUGGAAUGAAUGAUGGGUAUGCAAAUGUGUGUGCUUAUGACCUGAGGGAUCUGAGGUUGUAGCUGUUCUCUUUUACAUGUUACAGUUUUUUGCAUGAUAUCGAUGGGGGAUCAUUCAGUGCUGGUCGUCGUUUCAGUCUGACACAAAUGUUUAUAUAUCUAGAGCUAGCCAACUGUGUCGGUUUUCUAUGACAGUAAUUGUUUGUGUAUAUUUUUGUCCAUGAUUUUUGUUGUGUACAGUAUAUUCUGUUGAACUGCAGAAUAUUGUAGAAUACGGCACAAAGUACAAUGUAGCUUACAGCAGAUAGACAUUAUAUUUCUAUUGGUAUUUUAGAUCACAAAUGAAAUGUCACGUUUCAUUUGUAAAACUAUAGCUUUAGCAUGCAGCAUAGCUGACGCUGAAAAAUGCAGAGUAGAUAUUUUCAUUUGUAUUGCACAAUAUUUUUACAUUUUGCAUGACUGUCAAAUUGUCUCUUCAAAUAUGUAUAACACAGUGCUUAUUGUUCAGUUUGUGAACCCUGUUGGCACAUAUAAUCAAACAUGCACACAACAGCAUUCCCAAAUGUGAUACUGUACAAGAUAUGAACACUUUUUUUCUCCCUUUCACCUCCUCUUCUUUUGUCACUGAGCAUGUUCUAUCUUGUGGUGUUCUGACUGUAUCACAACAAAACACAGAUAUCCAAAAGAAAGCAUAAAGAUUUCAAUGUCUAUUUGUACCUUCACUAUUGUCAUUACUGCACCUUAUCUCAGUUUUAUACUCUUUGCUUGAGCGUACAAUGACUGAACAUGUUAAGAAAUUAAAGUUUGCUAGACCAA